AUGACACAUCGGGUUCCUUCGAGCCUCGAAAAUUCCAGAAACAGGCGCCGUUUCUCUGGAAGGUCUACCCGCGCUAUGCCCGAGCUGUCAUUCUCAUCACACGGCCCGUUACCGAUAGCUUCAAGAGGUAUCAUGAAUAGUGCACCUCCGCCACUCCCGCCGCCGGCUAGGAUCCACGACCUGGAAAUUGGUUAUGAUGCAGGCUGGCAGCACGCAAAUUCGCAAACUCCAACUUCUCUUCCACCAAUUAACCCGGGCUCAAGCCUGCUUGGGGGCCACCGACGACCUGAAGCGUCCUCUCAGGGCGAUCCAAUGCAGAUCGAUGAGGUCGAGGGGCGCCAAAAUGGCAAACCCGCCUCGCGAAGUCCCGAAACUCAGAUCACCAUAGAUCCGCCUCCGCCGGUCAUCGACGGAUUUCCAAAUUCAAUUCCCAAUCCUGCGGGCUCAAUUCUGAGUGGUGAGCGUGACUUUUCAUUGCGGAGCGUCAAGGAUUCAUCAAACGCUUAUGAUCAACACCUGUUGUCAAAAAUUGGCAAGCCUCAAAUCGCAAAACCUGUCUCUCCAAGGGGAUCCAUCAGCUUCGGAGCCGAAAACCGAAAUUCGCUAUCUGCCUUGGCUGUUCCAACCCGAAGCUCCGGUACUUUACCAUCACCGGGGCCAUCCGAGGGACCAAAUCUCGAUGUGAAAUGGUACAACAGCCCACAGUCUGGUACAGUUUCACCCAGGACCAGGGUUGGAUGGAGAGAAUAUGGCGAAGGACGGAGCCCAAGUGUGGAAAGCAACGCACCAUCAUCGGCACUCGAUUACGACCAAGGAUCUUUACGGGAUGUCAGCCGGCGUCGCUGCCAUGGAACAACACCUUCACGAGAAGAUAGCAUCAGUUUGCCCAGCCGAUCAAACCGCGGAAGCUAUGACCACGGUGUGUUCUCAGAUAUAGAGGGCGAGUUCUCGACCGAUGAACCGGCGCCGCCGCGACAGUUCAUCCUUCGAGAACCCACCCCGCCAUAUCAAGAGACACGACACGGUAUGAAGAGGCGGGCAUCGUCACCACCGCGCGAACCGAUCAGCGAGGAUAAACACGCUUUACAUGUCGCCACAAGUAACGGAGAUCUGUCCCAGAGAAGACUGAGCGGCCACUCAUUCAUGAAUAACCUAACCGUCAACCCCAAUUACCCGACAAGCCAACGAACACUUUCUGCCGCCUCAUCGCUCAGCAUUCGAACUUCUGGGUCUUAUUCAUCUACAUUGUCCAUUGGGGGAAGUAGCAUGACUAGCUUAUCUCCCUACGACCGACCAUCUCCCGGUGGUCUUUCACCGAGCUCCGAUCUCGACACUUACCACGAAAAGUCCAUCCUCAACCCGUGCUCCCCCGGAGCGGUUGUCCAACCUGUACUCGGAAGAGGGUUACCGGGGCCAGCAUCUCUGGAACCACCUGCAACAGAUGCCACCGGAAAGCUCACGGUACCAACCACAGUCAUGAGCAUACCAAAGCCGGCUGGCUCCAAGAUUGGUGGACUAUUCAUAUGUGACUGUUGCCCCAAGAAACCCAAGAAGUUCGACAACUCAGACGAACUACGUGCGCACGAAAUGGAAAAGCAGUAUGCAUGCGCUUACUGCAACAAUCGAUUCAAGAAUAAGAACGAAGCCGAGCGCCAUCAGAACUCACUCCACCUCCGACGCCAUUCCUGGUCAUGUGCCGCACUGGUAAAUUUCCAAUCAGCUUUCCACGCGUCAGGCGCCCCGAACUGCCAAACGAGCGCUGGAUCAUCACACGACACUUGCGGCUAUUGCGGCGAAGAGUUCGUCAAUUUCCCCCAGCCCGACUGGGAUCGCCGGUUCGACCACUUGACGACAGUGCACAAAUUCGGUGAAUGCAAUAACGCCAAGAAGUUCUUCCGCGCCGACCACUUCCGCCAGCACCUUAAGCACAGCCAUGCUGGUACCAGUGGAAAAUGGACAAAUAUCCUGGAAAAUGCUUGUAUGAAGGAAGAACAGCCACCUGAGCCUCUGGAUAGGAGUGGCAAUGGUACGGGCAAGUCUCUGACAUCAAACGCUAUCUCCGAAGUUCUCAGUGAGCAAUAA